AUGGUGCCUUUCAAAGUCAACAUCUUCGCCAUGGUCGUCUAUGUGCUUGAGUCCAUGGCCAUAAUCACACAGAGCAGCUUCACUGUUGCAGUACUGUGCAGAGAGUGGGUGCACUCCAAAAAACUGUCACCCGUGGAAAUGAUUCUUGUCAGCCUGAGCAUCUGCCAUUUCUGUCAACAAUGGGCAUCAGUGGUGUACAAUUUUUGCUCCUUUGCUAAGCCUAAUUAUAUAUUUUGGAAUUUGGCUCUCCUCUGGGAGUUCACUAAUAUCCUUACAUUCUGGUUAACCAGCUUGCUCGCUCUCUUCUACUGUGUCAAGAUCUCUUCCUUCACCCAUCAAAUCUUCUGCUGGCUCAGAUGGAGGAUUUUGAAACUCGUUCCCUGGUUGAUUCUGGGUACCCUGAUAUUGGCUUGUGUGACAGUCAUCCCUUCUGCUAUUAUAAAUCACAACUGGAUGGAAUUACUCAGCGUGGAUUAUUCACCCAGAAAUAGCACUUUCAGUGAGAGAUUUAAGUUUUUUUUUCAGUCUUUUAGCAAGCCUCAUAAAAUUAUUGGGCUGGGCAUUCCCUUCCUCAUUUUCCUGGUGUCUGUUAUAUUACUUGUGGCUUCACUAGUCCAGCACUGGGGACAGAUGCAACGCUACAACAUCAGCAACCGCAACUCUGGCAUGAAAGCUCAGGCCACUGCCCUGAGGUCCCUUGCCAUCUUCUUCAUCUUCUUCACCUCUUACUUUCUGACAGUACUAAUCUCUUUUCUAGUUCCAAUAUUUGAGAAAAGAGCAUGGUUUUGGGUCUGUGAAGCUGUCAUCUAUGGUAUAGUCUGUAUUCAUUCCACUUCCCUGAUGCUGAGCAACCCUACAUUGAAAAAGGUUCUAAAGAUAUAG